AUGUAUGACAGCAGCGGGGGAUCUAAGGAUUUACUUCUUGAAUGUCGCCAGGUACGAGGCGCAUUCGGCGGAGCAUGCGCCAACUGCAAAUCCAUGGCCAGGAGGGGAGCUUUUACCCCAGAGCUUUUCAACAGAGGCCCGACUGUUGAUGACUGGGCUUGUGAGAUCCGUGAAAGAGGCGAGCUUUACAAAAUCACAUGGACUCACUGGGAAGUCGCUCGAGGCUCGUGUCAUUCACGUUGGCAACAACCCGGGGUUUACCUUGCUCGGUCAAGGGCGAAAUUGCUCUAUGCCCUCGAAUCGGGGAAAUUAGGUCCAGAGGGAGAAGAAGUCAACAUGUUGGCCAAGGUUCGUCGUUAUAUUGAGCUUUUACGAACCAUGUCAUUCCGUGAUUUUCCGACUGAGGACAAAAGUAAGGCACUUCUAGCUUUCAAAAAGGCCUCCCAAAGGGCGAUUCAAAACUCACAAGUACUUGUCUCCACGAAUAAUAAUGUCGGUGACUGUAUGAUCGCUUCCAACUUUGGCCUGAACGCGCAGGGGAUCAUUGUUACCAGAGAUGAAGACACUAAGGAGUGCGAAACCAGUGCGUGGAUACCACUGACGGAGCUACUCCAUGGAGAUCGAGUUACGGAGUCAUCAGUUGUGAUGAUGAGAAACAGCUUAGACCAACAGUGA